AUGCUUCAAGAGUCUGAACGUGUUGAAAAUGAGGAAGAAUACGAGAACGAUGAAGAGCGAGUCAGCUAUCUGAAAUCGUUCAUCGCUCGUUUGAUGGCAGCUCCAAUGAAGGAGAAAUCGAAAGCAGAAGUUGAUGUAGCAAUUACAAAAGAAGAGAUUCGGAUUAUUUCGAAUUAUGCUGCCGCCUCGUUUGCCUCGUUUAAUACAUUGAUGAAAAUUGAAGAAGAGUGUCUUCCGAUUCAAAUUGUUGGCGAUUUGCAUGGUCAUUUUGCCGAUUUGAGAAGAAUUUUCGGAAAACAUGGCUCCCCCGGAAUGGCACACUACGUCUUCCUUGGCGACUACGUGGAUCGUGGUCGUCAAGGAUUAGAGACCGUGAUGCUUCUGAUGGCAUUCCACUGCCUCUACCCAGAUCAUUUGUUCAUGUGUCGUGGAAAUCAUGAAGACUACAACACAACAUUAACCUAUGGAUUCUAUGAUGAGUGUAAGAUGAAAUACGGUGAGAAAGGUCCACUGGCUUGGCUCCACAUCAUCAACGCAUUCAAUCAUCUGCCAUUGGCGGCUCUGAUCUUCGGAAAAGUUCUUUGUAUGCACGGAGGCAUCUCACCACAUAUUCGUACUUUGGAGGAUAUUGAUAAUAUCCAACGUCCAACAUUCAUUCCAUCGUACGGUCUGGUGUGUGAUUUGGUGUGGUCUGAUCCGGAAGCAACUACGGUAAUUGAAAAUCAGAAAAAUAUUGUUGAAAGGAAGACUAAAAACACAGAACUUCGGGAAGAUUUGAAUGCAAAAAAAUCACGAAAACAACAUUGGCUGGUCUUUGUCAGCUCGUGGAAUCUCAUUUCGUUCGAUGACGUGACGAUCGAGAAGUUUUGCGAGGAGAAUGGAAUUGAUUUGAUUGUCAGAGCACAUCAGAUUUCCAGUGAAAUGGUCACUGGAGGUCAUAAAUGGCACGCCGACGGGCACAUGGUUACGAUAUUUUCUGCUGCCAACUAUUUGAGCAUGGGCAACGAUUCGUGUGUUCUUCGUAUCGAUGAACAGAAAACUGUCCAAUUCUGCUUGCUCCGCCCUGUCAAGAAGAGUCGUAAACAUUGA